AUCAUCUCCAAUUAUUUAAACUAAACCAUCCCCCACUUCCACUUGCUCCAAGAAACUCACCGGAAAGAUGAGUUCUCCGACCAAGUCGCCGGAGAAAUCAAUGGAGGAGAACAUGAAGAAGAAAAAGAAAAAGUCCAUAACUAUAAUUUUCCGGUAUGCCGAUUGGUAUGACAAAUUGUUGAUAGUUUUGGGCACACUUGGAGCAAUUGGAGAUGGGAUGUCUACAAAUGUUUUAUUGGUUUUUGUUAGUCGUCUUUUUAAUAGUUUGGGUUAUGGCAAAGGUGUUCAACGAAACCCAGAAAACUUUAUGCACGAAAUUGAAAAGUGUAGUUUGGCUUUCGUGUACAUCGGUUUAGGGGUGAUGGUAAUGGCGUUUAUGGAAGGAUAUUGUUGGAGUAAAAUAAGCGAACGUCAAGUCCUAAAAAUUCGUUACAAAUAUUUGGAGGCUAUUUUACGACAAGAAGUUGGUUUUUUUGAUUCACAAGAAGCAACAACUUCAGAAAUCAUCAAUAGCAUUUCAAAAGACACCUCCCUCCUCCAAGAAGUCCUUAGUGAAAAGGUACCAAAAUUCUUGAUGUACACGUCGAUGUUCUUAUCGGGACUAGCAUUUUGCACAUACUUCUCAUGGAGGAUGGCUUUAGUAGCUUUUCCAACGACGGUUUUCUUGAUUAUUCCAGACCGGACAACUGAAAUGGGUUUGAAACAAGGAAUCGCGAAAGGUCUUGCUGUUGGGAGCACUGGGCUUUCUUUUGCUAUUUGGGCAUUGAUCGCGUGGUAUGGAAGUCGUUUGGUUAUGUAUAAAGGAGAAAGUGGAGGGCGGGUGUACACCUCCGGUCUUGCAUUCGUGUUAGGUGGAUUAGCUCUUGGGAUGGCAUUACCGGAACUGAAUCACUUCACAGAAGCAUCAAUAGCAGCGUCAAGAAUCUUCCAUAGAAUCGAUCGAGUCCCAGAAAUCGAUGGUGAAGACAUCAAAGGACUUAUACCUGAUGAAAUCCACGGACAGAUUGAAUUCGAAAAUGUCGAAUUCACAUAUCCUUCAAGACCUAACUCCAUUAUUCUCAAAGAUUUCAACCUCAAAAUCGAAGCAGGAAGCACUGUCGCUCUAGUGGGAGCAAGUGGUAGUGGUAAAUCCACCGCCAUUGCUUUGGUUCAGAGAUUUUAUAACGCAGAUCGAGGAAUUAUUCGUGUUGAUGGAAUCGAUAUCAAAAAACUACAGUUGAAAUGGUUGCGAGCACAAAUGGGACUCGUAAGUCAAGAACACGCACUAUUUGGAACUUCGAUUCGAGAAAACAUUAUGUUUGGGAAGAUCGAUGCAACAAUGGAGGAAGUAAUCGCUGCUGCAACGGCGGCCAAUGCUCAUAAUUUCAUCCGGCAGCUUCCAGAAGGAUAUGAAACGAAGGUCGGUGAAAGAGGGGCGUUGUUAUCGGGGGGACAGAAGCAGAGGAUAGCGAUUGCUCGAGCGAUUAUUAAAAACCCUGUGAUUCUUCUUCUCGAUGAAGCUACAAGCGCACUUGAUUCAGAAUCGGAGAAACUUGUUCAAACUGCUCUUGAUCAAGCUUCCAUGGGAAGAACAACAAUGGUGGUUGCUCACAAGCUUGCAACGAUACGAAACGCAGAUGUGAUUGCAGUCAUGAGUGAAGGUAGGGUUAUCGAACAAGGCCCACACACCGAAUUAAUCAACAGUCACACAGGUCAGUACUCCCAUUUAGUCAAACUUCAGCGCCAAUUCAGCUCGUUUAACGACGAACACCACACUCCGGUGACAAAAAGCAGCGCUUCGAGGUUAAGCACGUCGAAAUCGAGCCCAGCAAUGUUCGAUUCACCGAUGCCUUUCAACGAUCCACAAUCGCUAUCAUCAUCAAAUCACCCAUCGCCUUCGUUCUCCCGACUCCUUGCUCUAAACUCGCCGGAAUGGAAACAAGCGGUGAUUGGGAGCUUAGCAGCGGCGACGUUUGGAGCUGUGCAACCGGUGUACGCGUUAACAGUAGGAGGAAUGAUUUCAGCUUUUUUUGUACUAAAUCACGAAGAGAUGAAUUCCCGAAUAAGAACUUACUCCAUAAUCUUCUGUUCACUUUCUAUCAUCUCUAUCCUCGUUAACCUCUUACAGCAUUACAACUUCGCAUACAUGGGUGAACAGUUAACCAAAAGAAUCAGACUGAAAAUGCUUGAAAAGAUCUUGACCUUCGAAACAGCCUGGUUUGACGAUGAAGAAAACGCAAGCGGUGCGUUGUGCUCGAGGUUAAGCAACGAAGCUUCAAUGGUGAAAUCUCUUGUAGCUGACAGAAUGUCGUUACUAAUCCAAACAGGGUCAGGGGUGUUGAUCGCCAUGAUUAUGGGUUUAAUCGUGGCUUGGAAGCUUGCACUUGUGAUGAUCGCAGUUCAACCUCUAACGAUUCUCUGUUUCUACGCAAGAAAAGUGUUACUUUCAACAAUGUCUGCAAACUUCAUAAAGUAUCAGAAUCAAAGCACUCAGAUUGCUGUUGAGGCUGUUUACAAUCAUCGGAUUGUGACUUCGUUUCAAAGUUUAGGGAUUGUUCUUCAGCUUUUUGACAAAGCUCAAGAUGGGCCGAGAAGGGAAGCGAGGAAGAAGGCGUGGUUAGCCGGAAUCGGAAUCGGGUCAGCUCAAGGGUUGACUUUUAUAUGUUGGGCUUUGGAUUUUUGGUAUGGUGGGAAGCUGGUCAACGCCGGAGAGAUAUCGGCCGGUGACGUUUUCAAGACUUUCUUUAUUCUGAUCAGCACCGGAAAAGUAAUAGCUGAUGCCGGAAGUAUGACUUCCGACAUAGCUAAAGGCUCCAAAGCUGUUGCUUCGGUUUUCUCCAUUCUUGAUCGCCAAUCACUAAUCUCCACCAAUGUUCAUGAAGGAGAUGGAAGUAGUGGAGUAAAAUUGGAAAAACUAAGUGGCGGAAUAGAAAUAAGAAAAGUCGAUUUUGCAUAUCCGUGUAGACCUGAGACAUUAAUCUUAAGAGAAUUUUGUUUAGAAGUAAAACCCGGAACAAGCAUAGGAUUAGUUGGAAAAAGUGGUUCUGGAAAGUCAACAGUUAUUGCAUUGGUCCAAAGAUUCUAUGAUACAGACAGAGGCACAAUUCGUGACAAUAUUAUUUUCGGAAAAGUUGAUGCUUCUGAAAACGAAUUGGUUGAUGCUGCUAAAGCUGCAAAUGCUCAUACUUUCAUCUCGGCACUAAAAGACGGGUAUAAAACCGAAUGUGGUGAAAGAGGAUUACAAUUAUCAGGUGGACAAAAACAACGAAUUGCAAUUGCUAGAGCAAUUAUUCGCAACCCAACAAUCUUACUACUAGACGAGGCUACAAGUGCCCUUGAUGUCCAAUCAGAACAAGUUGUUCAAGAAGCAUUGGAUCGAAUUAUGGUUGGAAGGACUACAGUUGUAGUGACACAUCGACUUAAUACAAUAAGACACCUUGACUCAAUUGCUUUUGUAUCUGAAGGGAAAGUUUUGGAACAAGGAACUUAUAAUCAACUCAAGAAUAAGAAAGGGGCGUUCUUUGAACUAGCUAAUCUUCAGAAAACAUAAGGUUUUCUUUUAAUGGUAUUUUUAUGUAUAUAGUAAUGAGGGCUGUGAGAGUACCCGAUGAAAUGUGCUUGUAAUUGAGCGAUUGUUGGGUAACAUGACUAAAAUCGGAUUAUUGUUGGGAUGAUUGAUGUGUAACCUUGAUGAAAUGUUUAUAUCUUUAAUUGGGCAUUUGAUCUAA